GUAGGUCGUUCGUUCGGCGGUAAUUUAAGACCUCAAAACAUGCGGAAUGUUGAUUUUUAUGGAUACGGUAGUUUGUGGCUAGAAGACUCCAAUAUCCAACAUAUUUAUCUGGAUGAUUGUUCCAAGAGUAUUGCUGUUUCUUUCGAGCGUAGUGUUAGUCUAAUUAAUAGUGAGAGAAACUAUGUUUAUCAUGUACUUGACAACCAGAAGAAAAUAUAUGCAUGCUAUUCAAUAUCCCCACCUUUGUUUAUUGUCGCUUUGUCUCACGAAAUCAUCCUUUUGAACUCAUUAGACAAACAAGUAUAUGAUAAAGUCAGUCUAACCUCGGAGUUAAAGGCUAUCUCUUUUUGUCCGGACUUCUCUAAGGCUGUGGUUUUAACAAGCGGUGGACUCGCCCACAUUCUUUCUUCAAACCUCGAAAUCAUUUCCAAUUUUUCACUUGUUGAAGAAGGCUUUGGAUCUGCUCUCCCCAUGUCACUAGGUUGGGGUAAGAAAGAAACCCAAUUCCAUGGCUCCGAAGGCAAGGAGGCCGCUCUGACAAAGCCGGUACUGCCAACUAACAAUAUGCUCUAUGAUGAUGGUCGUUUUGAAGUAGCCUGGCGUGAUGAUGGUCUUUAUUUUGCAGUAUCAUGGCUGGACGCGUCAGCGGAAAAUCGGAGGCGCAUACGUGUCUACAAUGAUUCUGGUGAAUUGUUCUCAACGACGGAGCUAACAAAUAUGAUUUCUCCUGGGCUUUGUUGGAGACCUCGUGUCCAGCUAAUCACAGCUGUUCAGAGACGAGAAGGUCGGGGCUUAGACAUUAUAUUUUUUGAGUCUAACUCACAACGUCAUGGAGACUUUGAGCUACUCAGCGGUGAAAUUGAGAAGUACUAUCAAGUAGAAUCAAUUAUGUUCAAUCCUACCGGUUCAGUUCUAGCUGUUCUAUGCAAGGGAAUCCAGGAUCAUCCAUGGUUUAUUCGCCUACUGACUUGUUCUAAUUAUCAGUGGUCAACAAAACAACAUUUAUAUAUUCAAUGUCCACAGAAUAGUGACAAAAUAUCCAGUGUAGCAUUAACUUGGGACCUAAAUAUUCACAGUACAGAUUUAUCAACAUUAUACUGUGCUGUAUCAAUGAAUAAAUCAUUUGCUACCACGAGCAACAGUGUCGGUCAAACACUUAUACAAUGUUGGAAAAUGAGUAAUACUUACAGUACAUCAUGUUUAGUAACAAAUUGUGGAGUAAAUACAUCAUUAAAUUCAGGUCUGGUUACAAUGAUCAAUGGAAAUACUGUGGAAAUGAGUUCAUUUGCAUACUGUGUUAUUCCACCGCCAAUGUUUGCGACAAAACUGAUAUUUUGCCCAAGUGAACAACAUUUGGCUGAUAUUCCAUUUGUCUUAUCUGUAUCUACUCCAAACAUAUGGUUAUCCCAUGAAACAGAAUCACUUAGUGCUAUACCUAUGAUUGUCCAAACAACUGACAAUCAGUCAUCCAAAUUAUUAUUUCCAAAUAUAUACUUUCUCACUGUUACAACUGGCACUUCAUUGACAAAAGCAUUGUUUUGUAAUGAUAAGGUCUGUGCUGAAUGGUACAAUGGGGCUCAAAGUAAAGCACCUUGGCCGAGUACUGUUAUUAAAAUCAAUAUGGAGGAAUUAUUUAGUGAGGAAAAACACCCAGAGUUAAAAUCUAUUCUGGAUGAUGUGAGACAAAAAAACGCUUGCAUUUUCAGUCAGCUGAGUUGUUUCUCAUGGCUGAGUUUGUGCGAAGUACUUUUUAUUGCAGCAGAUGGUCUUCUUUUGGGUUAUCUGCAGGUUAAGAGUUUUUCUACUGCUAACAAUUCAAAUGACAAUGUACAUGGAAGAUGGUUGCUUAGAACACCAGCGUCAGCUGGAGAAUUUCGACCAUUAAUUGAGAAAAACAGUAAUAAAUGUGCUAGAUUAUCCAAUAUUUGUUGUACACCUGAUCGACGUGUGUGUGUUCAAUUGUCUAAUGGUGUUGUCAAUAUUUAUCCUAUUGAAGAUUUAUUGAGUAGUGAAGGUUGUCGCGAAAUAAUUCAGUCAGAUGAUUUGAGCAUCGACAGUUUACGUUCACUUGGCCCGUUGAAUUGUACAAUUCGAUUCCCGUCUACUUGUGAACAAUUAUUAUGCAUACCGGUGUUUGAUCAGCAAAUGCGUCAUGUUCUAUCCAACGGUUUCGUCGAUUCACAUUUAUCAAAUUUAAUUUUACUCGGUUUCAACAAAUCACUUCAUCGGCUAUUCGCUGCAGUAUUGCCAAAAAUUAAAAGUACACAUUUUCAACAGAUUGACAGUACUGUUAUGAGUAUUUCAGAUUGUUGCUCUUCUGUAGCUAUACUGCCAGAAUUCCUUCUGGUGACAACUACACGUAAACUAUUGAUGUGUGCUUCAUUAUUCUUUGACUCAUCACAGUUAAAUGAUUCUAAUAGUUUUCUCAAAGAAUUACUUUCCCGAUUGAAUGUUCCUUCUGAAUUAGAAUCAAGUAAUCGUAAGACUCCACGCAACUGGUACAAUGAUAAUUUACAUCCAAUAGAAUCAGGAGCAGUUAUUGUUACUGCAAUACCUAAUGAUACAAAAGUGAUACUACAAAUGUCUCGUGGAAAUCUAGAGGAAGUUCAUCCUCGUGCUCUUGUCCUAGCACAUUUAUCCAAAUUAUUGAAUAAUAAACAAUAUGAUCAAGCUGUAACAAUGAUGCGUCGUCAUAGGAUCAAUUUCAAUCUCUUGUAUGAUCAUGAUCCUCGUUUAUUUUUGUCAAAUGUUAAACAAUUUUUACAAACCGUAAAAGAUCCUGAUUCGAUAACACUUUUCAUAUCUGAUCUUGUCGAAGAAGAUGUCACUCAAACAAUAUAUCAUAAAUUUUACUCAAAAUCAAUUGAGCAUCAUGAAUCAAUGCUGACUAUGCAUUUAUCCUCCACAGCAAAACUUGAUUCUGUUACAGAUACGUUAAUUGAAGAAAUGGAAAAGCUGAAUGCAUCCAAGCUGAUUGUACCAAUAGUCACAUGCUAUGCAAAGAAAGUUCCACCUAAUUAUGAAGCUGCACUACUUAGACUUAAAAAAUUAUAUGAUCGUGGAGAAAUUCAGACUUGGAAUACUGGAUUACGCCAUUUACAGUAUUUUGCUACGCCAAUAGAAUUGUAUAAAGUUGCACUGGGCACAUAUGAUUUGAACUUAGCUGAAACAAUGGCACAACGUACUCAAUUAGACCCUAAAGAAUAUUUAUUCGAAUUGAAAGAAUUACGAUUGUUAACAAGUGAUUUAAACAAAUGUCACUGUAGUACAUUUGAAGAAGCAAUAGCUUAUCAACGGUAUAAAAUUGACAAUUGUUUGAAAAGAUAUUCAAAGGCUGUUUUACAUUUGAUUGCAUCAGGUUCCCAACAUAGAGAUGAAAUGUUGUCGUAUGUUAAAACACAUCACUUAUACGCACAUGUAGCUGAAGUAUUACCCAAAGGAUCUGAAGAAUUCAAGGAACUUUGCCUUUCUUGGGCUGAAUAUUUAAUCUCUACUCAAAAUCUUAUCUCUGCUGGUCAGAUUUAUAUGAAAGGGGGUUAUUUUGGUUUAGCAGCCAAGACAUUUUUAUCUGCUACGCAUACUCAAUUAUGGUGUGUAGCUGCCACACGUGGUCGUGAAGUAAAUGACAAACAAGCUGACGAAACAGAAACCUCUGGAAGAUUCCUGACGGAUACAGACAGACGUACACAGGCAUUAAAGUUAACAGCUCGAUUAAAAGAUCUUCGACGUCAUCAAGAAGCUAUUCAGGUUUACGUCGAUAUUUUGGAGGAUCCUGAAACAGCUAUAAGAACAGCGUGUGAAGAUUGUCUUUGGAUGGAUGCUCAUCGAUUGGCAUCACUAUACAAAAAGAAUGAUUUCCUUAAUCAAAUUUUGAAGUCAUAUUUAAUUGAACACCAUUCUGUACUCAAGGAGAGGUUACAGAAAGCAAUUGAUGGUUUCGAUAAAUUAUUUAGUAGGUUAAUGAUACUUCGUCGUACGCAUAAAGAGCAAGCCGAAACACAACGGUUUGCUCAAAUGUAUGGUGAUAUAGAUAAUUUUGACGAUAACUUUACCGAAUCGGAAACGAAUUCAGAUGUUAGCAGUUUGUCGGGAGACAGUAUAACCAGCUCAAUGAGUCAAAUGAGUUUACGAACAGCAGGAUCAAAGAAGUCAGGACGAUCAAUGAAAGCAAGACGAAAACAAGAAUCAAAGAAAUGGAGCUCAAAACCUGGUAAUAAAUAUGAAGAAGUUGGUCUUCUGUAUGAACUUACACAGUCGGUUGAAUUGGGUCAAACUCUUGCUAAUGACGUUACUAAUGCAGUUGUAGAAUUCUGGGAUUUCAGUUUGUAUGAAGAGGGUCGAACAUUAGUUCAUCUAAUCAAUGAUCUAUUGAGGAGGCAAAGACAAGGAACACCUCAUAUAUGGGAUGAUUGGAUAAUCGGUAAAUGUACAGAAGAAAAUGAACAACACUUCUUUGGAAGAAAGAAAUAUCCUAUUCACGAAGCAUUCCUGUCAUUCCCACCAAAAAUGAAAAAGACCACUGUUGAAUGUUACUUAUUUAAAAAUUAAUAUUUAACUGAGUACAUCGUAAUUGUGUCUCUUUGAACAAAAUAAUUUUGUAUUGUUAAAAAAAAAGAUUCAGAAAGAAAAAACAAACAAAGUGUCUUUUUUGCAUAC